UUUAGAUGAACUUAAUAAUAUCUACUAUUAUGAUGAAGAUACUGUUUUUGAAGCUUUAUGGAAUGAAAGUGUUGAUAAAGAUGAUAUUAUCGCAAUUAAAUAUGAAUUUUAUACUGAUAUAAAUAAAAUUGAAAUACAAGUACAAAGAAUAUUAUAUAGAGCUAUUAAAUAUUAUUGGUCAGUUCAAGAUGAUAUAAACUUAUGUGAUAGUCAUACUAUUAAUUCAAAUUUUAGUAAUGAUAUUUCUGAAAAAAAACAAGAAGAAGGAAUUGAAGAAGAAGAAGAGGAAGAAAAAGAGGAAAAAGAAGAUAAAUAUAAAAAUAUUGAUACAAAUCCAUUUGAAUGGUGA